ACGCCUUGCGUGCGUGGAGUUCGUGGGCGGAGCGCGACGGCCGGUGAACCGCUCGGUAGUGGCGUGACUGAUUCCUGCUGUUCCAUCGGAUUGAGACAGAUAGACGCUUCGAGAUGUCCGACAACGAGCAGCAAGAGGAGACCAUCGCCGAGGACCUGGUCGUGACCAAGUACAAGAUGGGCGGUGACAUCGCCAACCAGGCACUGAGGCUGGUCAUUGAUGCAGCCAAGCCAGGAGUGUCUGUUCUCAGCCUCUGUGAGAAAGGAGAUGCGUUCAUCGUUGCGGAGACCGGGAAGAUCUUUAAGAAGGAGAAGGAAAUGAAGAAAGGCAUUGCGUUCCCAACCAGUGUGUCAGUCAAUAACUGUGUGUGCCACUUCUCUCCCCUGAAGAGUGACCCAGACUACAUGCUGAAAGAUGGAGAUAUGGUCAAAAUUGAUGUAGGAGUACACAUUGAUGGCUUCAUCUCCAAUGUGGCCCACAGCUUUGUUAUAGGAGCCACUAAGGAAGCUCCUGUGACAGGAAAGAAAGCUGAUGUCAUCAAAGCAGCGCACCUAUGUGCUGAGGCCGCACUGCGUCUUGUCAAACCUGGCAACCAGAACACACAGGUCACUGAAGCCUGGAACAAGAUUGCCAGGUCAUUCAAAUGCAAUCCAAUAGAGGGUAUGCUGUCCCAUCAGCUAAAGCAACAUGUUAUUGAUGGAGAGAAGACUAUAAUCCAGAACCCAACAGAUCAACAACGCAAGGACCAUGAAAAGGCAGAGUUUGAAGUUCAUGAAGUGUAUGCUGUGGAUGUGCUGAUCAGCACAGGAGAGGGAAAGGCAAGAGAUGGAGGUCAGAGAACAACCAUCUACAAACGGGACCCCAAUAAGCAGUAUGGACUGAAGAUGAAGACGUCCAGAAUGUUCUUCAGUGAAGUGGAAAGACGCUUUGAUGCUAUGCCAUUCACUUUAAGGGCGUUUGAGGAUGAAGGAAAAGCCCGUUUGGGGGUGGUGGAGUGUGCCAAACACGAGCUUCUGCAGCCAUUUAGUGUACUGCAUGAGAAAGAAGGCGAGUUUGUGGCUCAGUUCAAAUUCACAGUGCUGCUGAUGGCCAACGGGCCUUUGAGAAUCACCGGUGGGCCAUUUGAAGCAGAACUCUACAAGUCUGAACAUGAUAUACAAGAUCCUGAACUCAAGUCUCUGGUACAGAGUUCUGCAAGUCGCAAAGCACAGAAGAAGAAAAAAAAGAAGGCCUCCAAAACUGCAGAGAAUGCUACAGGCCAACCAGCUGAGAAUGAAGUUGCAGCCGAAUAGAUGCGACACAACACUUAUGAAACCCUCGACAAGCAAAAACCUCACAAUUUCAGUCUUGCCAUACUGUUUCAAGCUCUUCCUCAUUAAGCCUUUAAUUGAGAGUCACUGUUAAAACUCCUCCUGUUGUGGAGAAAUGUGUCAUUUAGAUCUGGACUCCAAGUUGAGUGCAGCAAAUUUGUACUUUCAUAAUGAAUCUCUUUACUCUUUUGAAGCACUCAAUUUACAUUUGACGGCUAGAAUGCAAUGCCUUUUUCAAAAUCGAAUUAAAAAAACUUCGCAAUUCUUUUGUGGAGUUGCGUUUUUCCACAACACGUUUUGUUUGCUUUAUGAAGUGCUGUGCUUUAAGCCAGUGUUAAAUUUGAAACCGCAUUAGACUAGAUUUGAUUUGGAGAAAAAAGCCUGAGUACGAAAGUCUUAUUCGGUUUGCAGGUUUUUCCUCAGGUUUGAAAUUUUAAGAAGAAAAAAUGAAAUCUCUAUCUGAGUAGUUAUGUACAAUUUGGCACAAGAACACAGAAGUUAAUUCCUGCACACUCCAUUCUUUUGAUGCUAAAGCGUUUUAAAAAGGGGAACAAACUCUUGACUGCCAUCCGCAAGUCUUCUGUAAGCAACUCUUUAAUAUUAGGAAAUGUUGUAUCACAUUCCUGCUCACUCCUUUUUUCUUUUGGAAUGUUUUUCGUUAUUUUGUUAAUCUAGAUUUCAAGAUGUGCUAACUGAGGUUAAUAUUAUAAAGUCAGAUUUAUUAGCUGUUUCUUAAAAGGUCUGGGUCCAGAUUACACUAAAGCUACUUCUAACUAACCUGUUUAAACUGAUGGAGAUCUCUGUAACUCUCAUUUACUUAGAACCAACAUAAUAUGACUUUUACUGUAUCGCUAUUUCUCCAAGGCAAAAGAGCAGCUGACUGAAUAUUCAGAUAUGCAAAACUAGACUCAAACUGAAUUUGAAAAGGUCUAUUCAGUUAAGUUAUUUCCAAUGAGGUUAUGGGAAGUAGCUCUAGAACAAUUCUGGAUCUGUCUUAUUUUAGUAGGUUUAGUUGAGGUUUUCUAAGUAGAUUCUGUGGAAUUUUGUGGGAUUCUUGGAUUGUCAUUUCAACAUUUUUAUGCGGGACAGGAGAUGGUUUGAAGUUCACACAAACUUGUUUUGUUGUACAAACGUUAAUAUGGGACUAUUUUACAACUGACAAAAUAAAACAGAACUUUGAAUAUGUCUUUUUUUAG